AUGAACUUUGCACGAAACGCUCACACAGCAUCGGUGUUUAUUAAUGGAAAAGUCUUAAUUGCCGGUGGAGUUGGCAUUAGUGACGGUUUGAAUAGUGCAGAACUGUACGAUCCAUCAACAGAAGUUUGGACAAAGACUGGCAGCAUGAGUGAUGCACGAUACUUUCACACAGCAUCGACACUCAGUAAUGGAAAAGUCUUAAUUGCAGGUGGAAAUGGUUACAGUGGCUACUUGAAUAGUGCAGAACUGUAUGAUCCAUCAGCAGGAGUUUGGACAAAGACUGGCAACAUGAGUGAUGCACGAUACGGAUUCACAGCAUCGAUACUUUCCAAUGGAAAAGUCUUAGCAGCUGGUGGAUAUGGUUACAGUGGCUACUUGAAUAGUGCAGAACUGUACGAUCCAUCAACAGGUGUUUGGACAAAAAUUGAGAACAUGAGCAUUGCACGAUACUUUCACACAACAUCGAUUCUUACCAAUGGAAAAGCCUUACUAGCUGGUGGAAUGAAUAACGCUAGCUAUGCGAAUAUUACAGAACUGUACGAUCCAUCAACAGGAGUUUGGACAAAGACUGGCAACAUGAGCAGUGGACGAUACUUUCACACAGCAUCGACACUCGGCAAUGGAAAAGUCUUAAUAGUCGGUGGAUAUGGUUACAGUGGCUACUUGAAUAGUGCAGAACUGUAUGAUCCAUCAACAGGAGUUUGGACAAAGACUGGCAACAUGAACAAUGGACGAUACUUUCACACAGCAUCGACACUCGGCAAUGGAAAAGUCUUAGCAGCUGGUGGUGAAUAUGGUAACAGUGGAUAUGGUAAUAGUGGCUACUUGAAUAGUGCAGAACUGUACGAUCCAUCAACAGGUGUUUGGACAAAAAUUGGGAAUAUGAGCAUUGACCGAUAUAUACAUGCAGCAUCGAUGCUUACGAAUGGAAAAAUAUUAAUUACGGGUGGAUAUGGUUUCAGUGGCCAAACUAAUAGUGCAGAAUUAUAUGCAUGA